GUAUGGUGCCAAAUUCAACAUGGGAUGCAAUUACAGAGUUGUGUACAUUCUUUCGUGUAAUAUGUUCAAGGGUGUUACGCGUAGAUGACUUACAACGCUUGCAAACUACUAUUGUUGAAACCAUUUGCAAGUUGGAAAAAAUAUUUCCACCUGGAUUCUUUGAUUCAAUGGAGCAUCUUGUUAUCCACUUAGCUCGAGAAGCUAUGCUUGGUGGUCCGGUUCAAUAUAGGUGGAUGUAUCUUUAUGAAAGGAAGUUGGGAUCAAUGAAAAGAAAGAUAAAAAACCAUGCGAAGGUUGAGGGGUCCAUUGUUGAGGCUUACAUGAUUGGAGAAAUAUUGACUUUUUGCUCACAAUACUUUUUGCCUACAAUUGAAACCCGGUUGAAUCGUGAGUCGCGUAAUUUUGCCCCAGAAAUUCCUAGUUAUACCAUGGUCGACUCUCGAUUAAGCAUUUUCAAAGUUCCAUCUCGAAGAUUAUUCGAAAAAAGUGGACAACGGAGGCCUUUUAUAGAUGAUGAGAUGCGUAUUGCUCAUAAUUACAUCUUGAUCAAUUGUGUUGAGGUUCUACCUUUUUUAAGGUUGUUUGAAAAUUAUGUGAUCCAAAGCCAACCUGAUAUGGAUGAUGGAGCAUUUGAAAGGUUUAGGGAUCAACAUUUUGCUAAGUGGUUUAAAGAUCAUGUUUUUCAACAAUCAAAUGAUAUCAGUCAACAUCUGAAAUGCCUUGCACGAGGACCAUUACGACAUGUUAGGUCCUAUAAAGGAUACUUUGUCAAUGGUUACAAGUUUCAUACUGAAAAAUAUGGUGAUGGACGGGUCACACACAAUAGUGGUGUAUGUGUAAGAGGGACUUGUUACAAUGAGACUGAGUGUGACUAUUAUGGGUUGUUGGAUGAGGUCUUAGAAGUAGAAUAUCAAGGCAUAGGGCGUUGCAUCGUAGUAUUGUUCAAGUGUAUAUGGUUUAACCCUACUGAAGGGGUACGUGUGGAUCGAAAGCAUAAUUUGGUUGAUAUUAAAUACAAAUCAAGGCUAAGAAAUGAAGAUCCGUUUAUCCUAGCGUCAUAAGCAGAACAAGUGUAUUAUGCACCAUAUCCCGCAAUGAAGGAUUUGAAAGAUUGGUGGGCUGUCGUCAAGACGAAACCAAGGGGUGUAUAUGAUCUACGACAAUGUGUUAUUGAAGAAGAUGACGAUGAGUAUGAAGAGGACCAAUUCUUUCAAGAAAGUGAAGCAAUUUUACCUUCUACAAGUAGUGGUGCAAAUGAGGUGGCAGGACCCCUUUCUCAUGUAAUUGAAGGAGAAAUAGAAGAAGUUAAUGACAAUGACAUUGAGAGAGAAGAGGAUGAAGAAGUUGAUGAUAACUUGGAUGAUUCAUCCCAAGAUGAUAUUGAAGAUGAAGAAAACAUAUGUGAUGAUAAUUCUGAUGAUGAGUAAUUACUAAAAAUGUGGAAUGAAACAAUGUAUUUGGAACUAUAUAUUGUCUAAUGGACCUUAUCAAUAACUUUUUAGCUAAAAUGAUCGUUUUCUUUUUCUAUAUACAUUGCACUUUCAUUUAUUUGUGUAUUAUAGCAUGUUACCUUCUCUUACUUCUAAAAUUUUCUAUUAUAAUACAUACUUGUUCUAACCAAUAGUUUAUUAAUUCUUGAUUUUAAGGGUUAUGUUUUGACUAAUGGCGCCACGAGGAGCCCGUGGUGGUGGUCGUAGUGGUAGUCACAUUGGUGGUCGUGAUGCUGGAGAUAGAAAUGCAUCUCAAUCACACAAUAAUGCAGAAAGUCAUCCUUCUUCUUCUUCAGUUAGAGGAUCAAACAUCUUGGAACAAGUUCCAAGUAACCCAUCAAAAAGGAAGUUCAUUGAAGUCGAUUCUGAAAAGGAAUUUACGGAUCAGAUUUCAGUGAUCAGAGCCAUCGCAUGUAUACUGAAGACGAUGUUUGACGGCCCAUGGACCUCAUGGAAGAAGGUUGACAAAGAACAUCGUGAUGCAAUGUGGGAACACUUCAAGGGUUUGUAUGUCUGGCCCGAAGCGAUUGAUGUUCUUGCUCGCAAGGUAUGCGAAGACUGUAUGAAGAAACGAUUUCCUGACAUAAUGCGAAGAGCACGUGAAGAAUCUUUAAAACUUGCCAAAGCUGCAAAUGUGAAUGCCUCACUAGAAGGUGAUUUAAAUUUGCUAAAGGACUAUCACCCAAAUUGGAUAAAAAAGGAGUAUUGGGAAAAAAUGAUUAAUGAAGUGUGGACCACAUCCAAAUGGAAACGUUUAUCACAAUCAGGUAAAAAUAACAAAAAUAAAUUAGAAGAUGGCUCUGUUUCCAAACAUACAGGGGGAUCUAUAUCUAUUCGUCAACAUAAGAAAAGAAUGCAAGCAACACUUAAACGCCCUCCUACAGGAGUUGAACUUUAUGCAAGGUUGCACACUAAACGGUCUACUCAGGAGUACAUUACACCAAAGGCAGCUAAAGUUAAGGAGGCUUAUGAACGUGCUAUGGUGGCUAAGUUUGGUGAUGAUACUAGUUGCCACCCCCUCUUGGAUAAUGAAACAUGGUGUGAUGUUUCCGGAGGAGUCAAGAAAGGAAGAAUAUAUGGAUUCGGAUCUGUGUCUGAUCCAGUGAGCUUUUUGGAAGGAACGUCUAGUACAAUAACAUCCCAAAAGGUACUUUAUAAAAAUUUCCUAUCAUAUCAUUGUACUUACAAAGUUUCCUAUCAUGGCAUUGUACUUACAAAGUUUCCUAUCAUGGUAUUGUACUUACAAAGUUUCCUAUCAUGGCAUUGUACUUACAAAGUUUCCUAUCAUGGCAUUGUACUUUAGGUUGUCUAUGAACGUGUACGAAAUGAGAUGCGUGGGGAAAUGGAUGCUAAAGCUGCAGAAAUGGAAGCUAAACAUCAACAAAUGCGUGAGGAAAUGGAUGCGAAAGCUGCAGCAAUAGAUGUCAAACAACAACAAAUUGAUGCAAAAUAUGAAGCAAUGGAGAAGAUGUAUGCAGCCUUGCAAAAUAUGAUGAGAAAUUGAAAAUUAGAGGAAUGUGAACCGAAGAUGAUUGGAUGGACAUGAAAUGAAGAGAGCAUCUAAAAUGUUAUUUUGAAAUUAUGUUUUGUGAAAACUCAUUUCCCGAUGCAUACUUUGGAUUUCUUGGUGCUAAAAUGUUAUUUUGAAGUUAAACCUUUGGGAGUUUGAUGUUAUAUGGAUAGUUUUGGUUUUGGAUGUUUUUUGAAUGAUACUUUGGUAAACUUUGAUAGUUUUGGUAUUGUAAUGUUUGGUUGCAUUGUUA